UUUGCUUCAGGUGGCCCCGGGCUCUCUGAAGUGGAUGCCUGGCGCUCAGUUUGCGAGAAGGAUCCCCCUCAUCGGAGGCCGAGCGGAUGCCGCUGCUGGUGGUGACCGCUGAGCCUUCUCCUGGGAGAAGGGUCAUUUGGCGAUACCACAGUUGAGCAUUGCUAUGACGGUAUCACAGGAGAGGCCAGCUUUCAGUAAAGAGUGCGGAAGGCUGUUGCUGAGAGGGGACUGAGGGAGCACUGGUAGAGCUCGGGGAGGGGAGUGGAGGAUGACUCAGCAGGGAGCUGUUCUUCAGGGUUACAACAAUGAGCUAGUGAAAUGCAUUGAAGACUUGUGUAUGCAAAAAGAAGAGCUGAACAAACAAAUCCAGCAAGCAGAAGAGGAAAAGAAUAAACUCCAGCAUGAAAUCCAAGUCCUGAGUGAACAACUGGAGUGUGUAUGUGAAAACCUGGCCCAAAAGGUAGCUUCACGGAAUGAGCUUGAUAAAAUUCUUGCUGAAACUGAAGCUGCUUACAUGAAGAUUUUGGAUAGUUCUAGAACUUUGCUUAAUGUCCUGAAGAAGGAAGUGGGAAGCUUAAAGCAUACACCAGAACUGAAAACCAAUGUAACGUGAAACAGUCAAAUGUUUGGACUCCACAGUGCUAAAAUUCCACUAGGCUAAAGUGUUCUUGCUUUAGAUUGAAGCUGAUUCAGUUAAAAAACCUGUGGCCAAGGGGAAACAUACAGAUGCCCAAAUUCCACUGAAGCCCGCAAGCCUGUAAGUGGUUUGUAUUCACUGUGUAAACACCACAACUUCCUGAUCAAAUGCUGUCUAAUCCUUCAGUCGAAUUGCGAGUUUUGUGGCUCCACUUAGUAGUUUAAACGAUUUGCAACAAGUGUUGCUUGUUCAAUUUGGAAUGUACUUUCAGUUUUUUGUUUGUUUGUUUUUUAAUGAAGUGUUCAUUGAGGCCUUCAGUGGCACUCUGCCAUAUGCAUUCACGUUGUGCAUGUGAAUAUAUGGGUUUUCUUUGGGAACAUCUGAAGAAAACUACCUAUACAGCAGCAAUUUAAGUGAAACAAGAUUUGGGUUUAUGCUAUGCUGUUUUUAUUUUAAAAAGUGUUUACAAAUGCCAAGUAUAUACAUAUAUAUUUACAUAGGAUAUAUAAACAAGUGCUUCCAAUCAACAGAUCACAAAGUACCUUACAGAGAAUGUUAAUAUCUUUAUCCCCCUUGAUAGACAGUGACACUCGAUAGUAAUCUGCCCCAAAUCAGGGACAGAUUUGGGAAUGGAGGCUUUGCUUUUUCAGCCUCAACUGAAUGCUCUGACUUGGACUGCUUCCCAGAGAUUCAUGUCCUGUUUGGCGUUUGACAUAAGCCCAACUGGAUUAUGCAUUUUCAACGUGUGUGUUGGGGGAAGGUAAAGAAAUAACUCAGUAGAUGCAUACUUUCUGCUAUUACUCACUUCACAUCGCAUGCGGCAUCAUGAUGAUGUUUAAAAGUAUUACUCACUUCUCCAUGGAUACACCCUUCAUGACAAAGUAUCCCAGCUCCGGAGCAGCUAUUCCCACCUUCCAGACCUGCUCUCUUCAAGCCCCUACUCAUACGUAUUUGGGAGCUGACUGUAGGAGACAGGUCACAGGAACAGAAAGAACUUUUAAUGGUAGUUGCUAAUUAAUUACCUUUCAGAAGCCUAACCUUGUUCAGAUAGCUUGUCUUUACAGACCCUGCUGUUUUGUCUCAUUUUCAUUUCCACCUCUUCCUGCUGCAACAGCUUUUGUUGCCCCUAUUUCCUAGCCCCUUGCUUACCAUGUUUUUAGUUAUCCCAAGCUGCUGACCAGAAACAUGCUGCUCUUCUGUCAUGGGGUGGGUUGGAGAUACUUUCAGUAUCUUCAUAUUGUCCAGACGUGUUCUGGCACACUUGGAAAAAUUGUUUGCAAAGAUAAACAGAUUUCAUUCAGUUUGAUAGUGCCACAAAAGUUAUGGUUGGACAGAGUAAAAAUAUUACAUGGUAGAGAAAAAAAAGACACCUGAUCUGAGAGGAGUUUCAUCCUAUGAAAAACACAUCCUAAAAAGACUUUUAGGUUGAAGUGA